AUGACGGUCGAUUUCCUCGCGCGAAAGCAAUCGAAAAAGAACGCCAAACGUCUCGCCUCUCUGAACAAGAAAGGCGAAAACGAGCGCAGAAACCGCGCGAAGCGAGGGAGAAACCGAAACACCGUCGGCAUGUGCAAUUUCGCGCCUCCGUUGCCGCCGGCGUUGGCGGAGGAGGACGAACAGAACGAGGCGGAGAAAAAAAUGAAGAAGAGGAAGAUGGAGAGGGAAAGGUUGGCGAGGAAAGCGAUGAGGAAGAAAGUGAAGAUGGAGAUGGAGAAGAACGUGAUGGGAGAAAGAGGAGGAAAAGGAGAGGAAACGGGUGGCGGCUCGGACGAUGAAGAAUCAGAGAAGUCGGAAAGCGAAGAGGAGGAAGAUAAAGAACAAAAUCAAAACAAUAACGUCCCGGAGUAUUUCAUCGACGCGAUGAAAACAAUCGGUCAUCGACGGAUAGCGCCGAUACAGAAAUCGUCCUGGGCGGCUUUGUGUAGUAACUCGUCGGAUUGUUUAUCCGUGGCGCCGCCGGGGAGCGGGAAGACGUUGGCGUUUUUGUUGCCGGCGUUCGACGUGGUGAUUAAGAGGGUGGCGGAGUUUAUGAGUAGUACGAACGGUAAUAAAAACGGCAGUAACAACGCUAUCAGUAGGAAGAAUGUGAUCGAUGGUCUCAUCGUCGCGCCGACGAGAGAAUUGGCGCAGCAGAUUGCGAGCGUCGGGAAUAAGUUGAAACGAGCGGCGCCGGUGAAAUUAGUAUGCGUGGUUGGCGGGACGAAUCAGCAAGAGCAAGAGGAGAGCUUGUUAGCGCCGACAAAGUUAGGGGUUUUAGUGGUUGGAACGCCGGGGAGAUUGUGUGCGACGGUAUGUUUUAACGCCGGUGGGACCAAGAAAAGCGACGACGGGUCGGGGAAAUCCGUAGUCGUUCCGGCGAGCGAGAAUCGAUUAGGCGAUUGUAAGAUUUUCAUUUUAGACGAAGCCGAUAGAAUGUUAGCGCUUGGUUUUGAACCUCAGUUGGAGCAACUGUACGAGAAUCUACCGAAAGAAAGACAAACGGCUUUAUUUUCGGCGACCUUUCCGGCGAAAGUGAAACAGAUUGCCAGAAAGUGGUUGAAGAAAGACUACGAGAAGGUGACUUUGAGUGCAAACGCGGUCGACAUAUCGGCGCAAAACGCCGAGAAAGGGAAGGAAGAACUCGUACAACGCGCCUCGAAAGUUAUUCAAACCGUUCACGUGUGCGCUGAGCACAAGAAAUCGCGAAAGUUGAUGAAAUAUGUCGAUAACUUACGGAAAGAGGACGGUCGCGCUCGGUCGCGCGUGCUCGUGUUUACCAAUCGCAUCAAAACGGUAAAGUUUGUGAAAGAUUUGUUGGUCAAACACGGCGAAAAAGUGUCCACGUUACACGGUGAAAUGCGUCAAGAUAAGAGAGAGUUGGCCUUGAAAGAUUUCAAGGCUGGAAAAACGCCAAUCUUAGUCGCUACGGACGUCGCCGGUCGAGGCUUGGACGUCGCCGGUUUAGAGUGCGUGGUCAAUUGGGAUUUCCCGGGAAGCAUCGAGCAGUAUCAACACAGAAUCGGCCGAGCUGGAAGAAACGAGAAAGUUGGGAGCGCUCUGAGUUUUUUCACGAGGAAGUUUGCCCCUUUGGCAAAAGAUUUAAUCGAAUUGUUAGCCAACGCGAAACAGUUUGUCGAUCCGAAUUUGAAGAUUUUAGCGAAAGCUGCCGAGGCGUUGCCGGAAUUAGAAAACAAGUUUCGAGACAAAUUUGGUAACGGCGACGAACCAAUCGAUGAGCGCGGUGAAGACGACGACGACGACGACGACGAUGAAAAACAAGGAGGAGGAGAUGUCGAAGAAGAAAAAGAAAAAGAGAAGAAUGGAAAGAAAUCGAAUAUGAAGAAAAAGAAAAGAGAAGAAAAAGAUGAAGAUGGAGGCGCCGACGAGUUUACCGUGCCAAAAGAUAAACCGUCCAUUGGCGACGGCACUAAAAGGAAGACCCAACCGAGUUGGUGGGAGGCUGAUGGUUCACAUGGAAGUACAUCGGCGCACCUGUUCGGAAAGAAGAAGCGAGAAGAGAUGAAAAAUCCUGCCAUGCGAAACACGUUGCGAUGCGGACCCAACGAACAAGAGAUAAAAGUCAACGCUGCCAUGUCGUCCAAGCGCAAAAAAAAUCAUCAAAAGAAACGAAAGUAG